AUGGUCAAGCAUCACCUCAUGAUCGGCACUUGGACGCCGCCAGGUGUGAUCAUCACAGUCGCAUUCGAUGAUGAAACAUUGAAGCUGGAGUUGGUGAAGAAGACAGAGAUCCCAGAAGAUGAACCCAUAAGCUGGAUGGCUUUCGACCACAAGAGGAAGAACAUCUAUGGUGCCUCUAUGAAGAAAUGGAGCUCGCACGAGGUCAGGAGCCCGAGCGAGAUUGUACAUACAGGAAGCUUUCCCAUGGGCGGACAUCCUAAAGCAAAUGAUGCCGACACUAAGACGCGUGCGAUCUUCCUCCUUCCCGCCCAGAAGCCUCCGUAUGCCGUAUACUGCAACCCGUUCUACGACUAUGCUGGCUAUGGCAACAUCUUCUCCGUCAACCCCGAAGGCCACAUCAAAGAGAACAUCCAGAACUUCGAGUACUGCGACAAGACCGCGAUUCAUGGCAUGGUCUUCGAUCCCUCAGAGACCUAUCUCUACAGCGCGGAUAUGUGGGCAAAUCGCGUCUGGUGCCAUAAGAAGAUAGACGACGAAGGAAGGCUGGAAACAGUAGGCUUCACUGAGGCUCCUGCGCCGAAAGACCACCCAAGAUGGGUAGAGAUGCAUCCGUCGGGCAACUAUCUAUAUGCCUUGAUGGAGGCAGGGAAUCGGUUGUGCGAGUACGUGAUCGAUCCGCAGACCAAGCUGCCCGUCUACACGCACAAGACGUACCCAUUGAUUUCACCUGGUAUCCCCAAUGCAACCACCAUGUACCGCUCCGACGUUUGCUUCCUCACCAAAUCCUCAAACUACCUUUUCGCGACCUCCCGAUCCAACUCCUUCUCCCUCACUGGUUACAUUGCUGCAUUCAAGAUCGCUCCCUCAGGCGCCAUUGAGCGACAAAUCUGCCUCAAUCCCACGCCAACUUCUGGUGGCCAUUCGAAUGCAGUAUCGCCGUGUCCUUGGUCCGAUGAGUGGUUAGCGCUCACCGAUGAUGAGAAGGGUGGUGUAGAGAUAUAUAGAUGGCAUGACGAAUUUCUGGCAAGAGUUGCGAGGUUGGAAAUUGGUGAGAAGGGCUUCGGUAUGAAUGCUAUUUGUUACCCCACAGCAGAUACAAUGGCAGCCAAAUCAACACCAGGUAUUUUGUACGUGACGAUGCAGCCCAAGGAGGGCCUGCCUGAAGCACAGUUUCACGAUUGGUACCAGAACGAACACGGCCCUAAUCGUCUGCGACUCCCGUUUUGCAACAAUGGCUUCCGCUAUCGCGCCACCGACCUCGACAGCGCGUCUGGAUCCAAAGACAAGCCGGAAUGGAUGGCCAUCUACGAUUUCGACGAACUCGAGUGGCUCACUAGGGAACCGUACACGAAGCUUCGAAGCGCACCGGUGCAAUCGCAACGGGAACGCGAUACUAUGAAGCAGAUCUUCGUCGACAGGCGAUCGUACGAUCUCCUCGGAGAGUGGAAGGGUGGAGACUUCAAGGACCUACAGAAAGUUGAAAACGAAGGAGAGAAGAACGUCAUGAUUGCCGUGAGCUUUGCACUGCAUGAGGGCGCAGACAAGGAAGAGGAGCUGAAGAAGUGGUACGAUGAGGAACACGUUCCUCUUCUCCAGAAGGUGCCAGGCUGGAGGAGGACAAGGAGAUUCGUAACAUCGUACCUAGAUCUGGAGAGCGGACACAAGACGGAGAAAGAGUACCUCGCGCUGCACGAGUACGCGCCGCAGAAUGGGCUGGGAGGACCAGAGUUCAAGGCUGCUACUACAACAGAGUGGUGCGACAAGAUCUACAAACAUGUCGUAAAAGACAGGAAGAGGAGGGUUUACGAUCUCUACUACACCUUUGGUGCUGCACAGCGCGACCUCCAAAGUCUAGCGAGUGCAGACACAGGACCAGCAGAGAGUUCCGAAGGCAUGGUCAAGACGCAUCCAGCACACACGACAUCCGAGAAGCGACCAGCAAUUGAGAGCUUCGUCACAACAAAAGACAGUGUGCAACUGCCGUACCGCCUCGAAGGCUCCAGCGAUCCCAACGCGCCUCUACUCGUCCUCUCAAAUAGUAUACUCGUCGACUAUGGCAUCUGGGACGACUUCGUAGCCGAAUUCACGAAAGUCACGAACAACAAGUAUCGCAUCCUCCGCUACAGCACCCGUGGCCGCAAUACGCUUCCCUCGAACUCUACAUCACCUGUCACAGUCCACACGCUUACAGACGACGUCAUCGCCCUCCUCGACGCCCUCCGCGUCAAGAAAGCCUCCAUCGUCGGUGUCUCCCUCGGCGGCGCAACAGCACUCAAUGCCGGUCUCUCCUACCCCGAUCGCAUCUCCGCCUUUAUCGGCUGCGACACUAACGCCUUCGCGCCCCCCUCCAACGCCAACGCCUGGAACGACCGCGUCGCCGUCGCCGAGAAAGAAGGUCUAACCGCCUCAUACGGCGAGCCCAUCGUCGGCGAAGAACUCGCAGAAAUGACAGUGCGCCGCUGGUUCGUCAAAGAGUCCUACGACGAUGCGGAGCUGGCGAAGAAGAUCCAGCGUGUAAAGGACAUGGUCAAGACGAAUUCACUGGCUGGGUUUAGGGAUUCGGUCAAGGCGCUACAUCAGUAUGAUAUUAGGGAGAAGAUGGCAGGGUAUAAGGGAAAGGGUGCGUUCUUGGUGGGUGCGGGGGAUGGGGUGUUGCCUAAAACUAUGAAGGAGAAUAUGGCGGAUAAGUUGGGGAGUGGGGUUGAGCUUAAGGUUGUUGAGGGGGCGGGUCAUUUGCCCAUGGUGGAGAGGCCGGCGGAGGUUGCGCAGUUUGUUGCGAAGUUUUUAGAGGGCUAA